UUCGAUGGAAACUAGUAACGGAAAUUUUUUGUUAAAAUUGUAGUCUAAAGCAAAAUAUUAACACGCAGAUUAGCAUAAAAUUGUCUUGCGUUUGUUUACCCAAUUAUGUAGUUGUAAAGAAAGAAAACACAAUAUUGUCGUGAAGCUUUCGUUUUUCACAUUAUUUCAUUUCCUGGUAAAAGCUUUUGCAGCCAAUUCACCGAUAAAAAGCUCCGCUCUGUACACACAGACUCGACACGGCUUAUCUGGAAUACCCCUGGAUAUAUAGAACAGUAGCAUGGUAGAGGGGGUAAAAGCCGUAUAAAUGCGACGGGUACCGGCUCCGAGGUCAUUCGUUGUUCGAACUGCAGAGUGAGAAGUUUAUUGCUACGCAUGCUUUUUGCGAGAAUUUUAUCGUGAAAGUUUUUCAUUGUUACGUGAAAUUGUAUCAAGACAACGUGUGCGUGUCGACAAACAGGCUACUGGAAGAGAUCAAGUGAAUCAGUGGAUUAUUAACGAAAGUGUCCAUCACUUGUAAAGUGGCUAUCAAAAGCCAAGAAAUUCCGACAUUUAGUGAAGUGUGUAAGAGAAACGCGACUGAAGUUAGCCAAUCGAAAAAUAACCAGAAAGAAAUAAUCACAGAUAUGACACGUUGUCAAAGUCUACGAUCCUACGCAUCGGCUACGAUGACUGACAGUGGAACUCUGCCAUGGAUUGAACAAAAAGAGAUGUCCAGAUGCCCGAAAGGCACGAUAACAUGUGGAAUGUUACCAACGUUACGAGCUCUGGCAUCUAAGGAAUGCGAAAACCGUCAAAGCACUAUCUGUCUCGUGCCGUUCGACACCAAUAUGGACGCUGGCAGUCAUCUACAAAUGAUCCUUUUAGAGGCAUAUUGCCGUGAAACAGGAAUCAAGGUGUUAAGAGUAUCCAGAGAAAAGAUACAGAAUCAUCUAUGCCCUGGAAGUGGCGAUUUGUCCUGCGUGCUCAUCUGCAAUGAUAAUCCAUAUUUCUUAGAUACUCCAGAGUGAAUUUAAAAUAUAUUCAUCUAUAAAGAACGAUUUUUUUCGGCUGAACGCAGUCACGCUAUCAUACGAGUUCCGAACUUUUAAGAAGAGUCGUUGGACGGUUCGAUGGUACAGAGAAAGAAUCUCCGAAGAUGGCCUUAUCAAAUACGGAGGGAAAUUUUUUAAUUGAUUUUCCAUACGUGUAUCGUAAAUCGUAAAAAUGAACGGAGUCAAGCAGAGUGUCAUAAAUAACAAACAUUAACGUUCUAGAGAUAAGAUGAAAAUUAUUUCUGAGGAAUCUCGAUCACAAUGCGUGGUUCUAAUUACGAAGUUUGUUCGAGGGAAUAAGUGAUGUGGAAUUAAACGAAUGUUCGCAUGGAUCUUGUAGAUACACGUUUGUACAUGCAUAUAUUCGGAUAGUCGUAUUGCAAUGUAAUUAUUGAAAGUUGCGGAAGGAUGGGCUAAUUAUAAUUGUUAUAAUUUUACCUUGUAAUUGUUGAAUUUUACAGAAAUACAUCAUUGUUACUAAUUGAAGAU